AUGGAUCUCCUUGUUGUGUUGAUUUGUCUCUCUUGCUUGGUUCUUCUUUUUCUUUGGAAAGGAAGCCAUGGCAAAGGGAAGCUCCCACCUGGCCCCACCCCUAUCCCAAUUAUUGGAAAUCUUCUACAGAUUAAUACUGCGAACAUCAGCAGAUCUAUGAGCAUGUUAGCCAAAGAGUAUGGUCCUGUGUUCACUGUGUACUUGGGCAUGAAGCCCACUGUGGUGCUGCACGGCUAUGAGGCUGUGAAGGAGGCGCUGAUUGAUCGGGCAGAGGAAUUUGCUGGAAGAGGGGUUUUCCCAGUUUUAGACAGAGUGUUCCAAGGCUUAGGAAUUAUUUUCAGCAAUGGUGAAUGUUGGAAAGAAACCCGGCGUUUCUCACUCACAGUUUUGCGGAAUAUGGGAAUGGGGAAAAAAACUAUUGAAGAUCGGAUUCAAGAGGAAGCCAUGUGUCUGGUAGAAGAAUUAAAGAAAACCAAUGCAAACCCCUGUGAUCCUUCCUCCCUUCUGUCCUAUGUUCCCUGCAACGUGAUCUGCUCCAUCAUUUUCCAGAAUCGUUUUGAAUACAGUGAUCUAAAGUUUCAAGCCUUGGUCAAGUAUUUUCAUGAAAACCUCAGAAUUGUAAGCACUCCCUGGAUACAGUUGUGUAAUGCUUUCCCUGUUUUACGUUAUCUCCCUGGGUGUCAUAACGAGUUGUUUAACAACAUUGCCACCCAAAAACAGUUUAUUCUGGAGAAAGUAAGAGAGCAUCAAGCAUCUUUGGACUUGAAUAACCCUCGAGAUUAUAUUGACUAUUUCCUGAUAAAAAUGGAAAAGGAGAAAUACAAUGAAAAGUCCGAAUUUACCCUGGACAACUUGAUUAUUAGUGUAUGGGAUCUGUUUACUGCAGGAACAGAAACCACAAGUACUACAAUUCGAUAUGGACUCUUGCUCCUGCUGAAACACCCUGAGGUCGCAGCUAAAGUCCGUGAAGAGAUUGAGCGUGUGGUUGGCAGAAAUCGGAGCCCCUGCAUGCAGGACAGGAGCCUCAUGCCCUACACGGAUGCUGUCGUACACGAGAUCCAGAGAUUCAUUGACCUUGUCCCAGUCAAUCUGCCCCACGAAGUGACUAAGAAUGUCAAAUUUAGAGACUACUUUAUCCCAAAGGGCACAAACAUAAUGACAUCUCUGACUUCUGUUCUGCAUGAUGACAAAGAGUUUCCCAACCCGGAGAAGUUUGACCUAGGCCACUUCCUGGAUGCAAAUGGCAAUUUUAGAAAGAGUGACCACUUCAUGCCUUUCUCAGCAGGAAAAAGAGUUUGUGCUGGGGAAGGCCUGGCCCGCAUGGAGUUGUUCUUAACCCUGAGCCACAUUUUGCAGCAAUUUACCCUGAAACCCCUGGUUGACCCAAAGGAUAUUGACACUGCGCCUGUUGUGAAUGGGUUGGGCUCUGUUCCGCCCUUCUAUGAGCUGUGCUUCAUUCCAGCCUGAAGAAGGUAUAAGGUGCAGAGGGAGGCUGUUC